AUGAAGCACGGCGCUUUUCAUGUGGCUCGACACAUAGCUCGAGUUGCACAUGUUGAGCAUGAGCUCCACAACGUUUUUGUACCGCAAAAGCUUCAAGUCGGUGCCAUUCUGGACGCCAUGGGUCAACUGCUCCAAGAUCCACAGCACUUGUCUGUAGUAGUUGUCGUCUUCAGACGUUUCGUCGCCGCGGACAGAGAACAUGAUGGUGUUGAAGAGCGGGAUCUCGAGCUCUUUGAACACGGGUGUGGCCAAAAUGUACCGCACAACCCGAUCGUAGAGGAAAUGGCCCGGGUUGGUGAGAAUGCUGGCCAUACUUCCGACAAUGUGCCACACCAAGGGCGUCUUGUGGUCGGCCACACGCAACGUGUGCAAAAUCGAAGAAACGUACACCUUGAGAAUGCUCUUGUCCUUGAAGUUUGCCUCCAGCGCAUUAAUGUACUUCAACAUUCCGUGCAAAAGAAUCUUGGAGAUGUCCCUGAUUUCGGCGUUGGAAAGCGCAGCCACAACAAACCCAAGCAACCCGGAAUCGGCCAACUUCGCCAUGUUGAAUGUGAUUUUCCCCUCCUCUUCUUCGCGAAUAAGCUCGUCAUUGUUGAUGAUGACGAGAAUAAGAAACUCUGCGUCGUAAACGGUUUCCUGGUAAGCAGAAACAGGACAUGA